UACCACUGCAUCCACAACCAAUUGCAGUUCCUUUUUGAGAUUUUUUAGCGUCAGUUGCAGUUAUUAAGCUUUAGAAAAUAAUUAUUGUGAAUUACUUCACUACUUCCAAAUACUACAUUGAGAAUAAUACAAGGCUUCUGCUGACACAGUCAACAGUCACCAACAAAGCAAAGAAGCUGUAUACUGUUAGCAACUAUGGCAGCAUCCGUAGACUUUCUAUAUAAAAAUGAUUUUUACGUUAUAAGCGACGAUGCGGAAUGGGAGAAAACGACAAUAAUUGAAUUGCAGAAAAGAAGACCAGGAAUAAGGUGUAUUUGCAGAGAUGAAUGGAUACCUGGGAAAUACAGACUUGAAAAUUUAACUGAACCAGUUAAUACAUGCAAGAAGGUUGUUGUAGGAUUUGCACCAUCAUCAACUGGCAGUCCAAAUUUUCUGGCACAAACUGUUGUUCAAGAAAUGCUGGAUAGCAAUAAUAUUAAUGAAGGAAAGCUUAUCCCUGUAAGGAUUUCAAGAAAUGCCAUGAUACCAAAAUGUCUGAGGGUGUUAACGCCAGCAAAUAGUUGGGAACAUAAUGUAUAUGAGAAGUUGCUGCGGGCAUUAGACGGAGAAAAUAUCAAAUUAAAAGUCUGUAAUGAUGUCGAUGACGCCUGUAGUUCUGUGCAUCAUCGCCUUCAAAAAUUGUUUGAGAUAGAUAAUGAAGAAGGUUACAACAUGUGGAAGAAAAUAAAUGACUUACUUUCGAAAAAAGAAACAGACUUAGAACUGCAAUAUGCAAGAGAUGGAUCUAUAAUAUUUUAUCUUUCUGUGUAUAAUCCUAAUGCUUUGACGACUUUAUGGAAAAUCCAUUUGAGUGGGCAUCUUAUUAAAGAGUUGGCCAAUAUAUUGAUACCAGAAGAUCUACAGGAAGAAUUUUUUAAAAAAUGGGCAACAAAAAUAGAUGAGACUGAAUACCAUUCUGUUCUUCAUAAGCUUAAUGAUAAAGAAUCACAAGUAGCAACUGGUAUUGUACAUCAUGGCUUCCAGCACUCACCAGAAAUUAGCAAGAUGGUUGCAAGCAAGGCCUUACAAUUCUUGGAUAAGAAGGAUCUUACAUGUGCAAUCUGCCAACAAAGAUUUAUAGAGCCGAAGACAUUAAAUUGCCUCCAUAGUUACUGUUUUCACUGUCUGGAAAGUUUAAUAAAAGUACAUGGCAAUUUGAGAUGUCCACAAUGCAAUCAGCAUCAUGAAUUAAAAAAUGAAGAUUUGAAUAAGCUCACUUCUAAUGAAAUGAUAAAUUAUCUGCUUAAAUACGUAGGAAAAGCUGAAUUAGAAAAACCAAGUACAUGCUCAAGUUGUGAUAAUCCACCAAAAUACCACUGCAAUGAAUGUUCACUAUACUUAUGUAAAGAAUGCUCCAAACAUCACAAGAUAAUACCUGCAUUGAAAGGCCAUCCAUUGUACACACUUGAUGAGAAUGAAAAAGGAGGCAAAGAUGAACACAACAAAUGUCCAACUCAUUCCAACAAUGUACUGGAAUUUUACUGCUCAACAUGCAACAAAUCAGCAUGUGGUGAUUGUAAGUAUGUGUUGCGUUGCUAUCAAAAUAAACAUAAUGUGAUACCAAUGAAAAAUGCUGUGGAUGAGUUUAACCAUAAUGCCACUGAAGUUAUGAAUAUAGCUCAAGGAAUUAAAAACAAAUUGAAAGGAACACUUGAUUCCAUCACUCUGGAUAGAUCUGACUUUGAAUAUCACCUAAAAUUAUGCAGAGUAGCUAUUGAAGAGAAGGAGAAAACAGUUAUCAUGAAGGUUAAAGAAAAAAGCAAAGAAUUGAUAUCCGACCUUGAAAAAAUACACAAAGAAAAAAAAGAUGACAUUGAUUAUCAAGUUGAAGCUAUUGAUUCAAAGAUGACUAAAGUAAAUAAUGUGAUGGCGUCAAUCACAAAAAUGAUAAACAAACCAGACAAAAAAGAUGCUCUUGGGUCCAAUAGGACAACUAUCAACAAUGUUAGGGAUGAGGUCCUAAGCACCAACUUUGAUAAAUUAUUCUACAAACGAAAUAUCACACCAAAUUUUAUCCCAUCAACCCACUUUGAUGAGUUUACAAAAACAGAGGGCAUUGGUAAAAUCAAAACUGUUGAUGGCAUAUACAUGGUUGCUAAAAACGAUGAAGCAAUGACUGUCACAAAAGGACAACAAAUUGUAGUGACUGUAUCAAGCCUAAAUGAAAGUGGUGCAUGCAAAUUAUCAGCAACUCUAAAGAACAUAUCACAUGAAGAAUCAGCCACUGAGGUAGAAUAUCAAGGAAAUGGAGAGUACAAAAUAACAGGUAGAUGCAAGUUGGAAGGUGACUGGCAAAUGAAGAUUUCUGCGGGAGACGUGCAGAUCAAAGGAUCUCCAGUAAAUAUCAAGGUGGAAUCACUGGGACUUGUUCAUACCAUUAAAAACAUACAAAAUUGUAAAGAACAUACAAAGGAUGGUAAAGUUACAGAUGUUGUGUUAGAUACAGAUGGAUGCAUACUAGUAUCAAGCUUCAGUAAAGAUAUAUUGAAGUUCAACCAAUCAGGUUUAUUUGUUGAUAGGAUAGAGAUGCCACAAGAAGUGAUGGUCAAUAAAAUGCACCUAAUGGAUGAUGGUUACAUGGUGUACAUUGAUUUCAUAGGAAAAUGUGUCACGAUGUGUGAUGAUAAAUUUCAGGAAAUCCACUCUGUUGGUAAAGGAAUAUUGAAAUAUCCAAUGGGAUUGACAGUAAACAAGAAAACUAGAGACCUGUAUGUAGCAGAUAGUGAGGCUCACUGUGUUUAUAAAUUCAAUGUUGAUGAUGGUAGACUGCUGGGUAAGAUAGGUUCAGAAGGUAGUAACGUAGGUCAACUGAACACACCAUACGAUGUCACUUUAACUAAGGAAGGUCAUGUGAUUGUUGUUGACUUUGGAAAUAGAAGACUACAAAUGUUUGAUGCAGAUGAUAAAUUCAUGAGAAUCCUUGUAGGCAGUGGUGAGAGAGAUGGUAAAGUUAAGGGUCCUUGUGGUGUAAUCAUUGAUAUGGAUGAAAAUAUAAUAGUAUCAAGUAAUGAUAAACUACAAUUAUUUAAUAAAAAUUGUAUUUUUAUAAAAAGAAUAGAUCAUAAAGGUGAUGGAUUAGAUACCCCUGUAGGAAUCACUGUAAUCUCCAAUAGGCCAAGACGAGUAGCAGUAGCAAACCACAAAGCAAACAAUGUUAAAAUGUUUAAUUAUUAAAUGACAUUGAAUUGCAUGAAUUAGAAAAUAUUGUAUCACAAUAAAUACAUUUUUCUCAUAAAAAUAAUGUCAUUAGGUACUUGUGUAAUAAUGUAAUUCAAGGAUACUGUAAUGUAAUAAUAAAUAUUUGGGUAAUAAUUGUAGUUCAAGGAUUGUGUUAUUACUGCCAGGGAUAUCCAGCAUUUUUUUUAAUUGGGAAGUACAACAUUUUUAGAAUACUUGAUAAGUGGGUAGCGCUUGUACCAGCAUAGGAUUCCAAGAAAGGGUACGGAGGCACCGUGGCUUAAAUCCGCCACUGCUGAAAGUCUAGUUAGGCCUAUAUUGUUGUGAUUUCUCAUAUGAAAUAUGUAAUAAAGCUGGUAUAAUGCAGUUAUGAUCCAGGAAUUUAAAAAUAGGGAGGCCCAUGGUGGGACUUUCACAGGUGGAGGUAGACCACCUUGGUUGGGGCUAAGGCAAACAAAAUAUAAUUACGGCACCCGGCUAGAUUGUCGGAAAUCAGUGGCGGAAGGACCCUUUACGCUGGGUGCCGGAGAGGAUGCCGUAGGACGGGGAGGGGGAGGGACCGGUAGGCCCGGUGGGGGUGAAGGCCCUGGUCGCUCCGGCGUUUUUAGCUUUCUCUGACGUAUUUUAAUGCUUUUUUUACACAUUAGAAUUCCAAGUUGAUGUAUCGUGAUUUUCCCCCUCAAAAAAGCAUACUUAAUUUCAACUAAGAUAAACAUAUUACAAUAAAUACCAAA